GAGGAAUGUUGUCCACAGGACGCAUGUUAUUCUGCACAAGCCGCUUUACACGAUUUUGGUGGCUAUUACCACUGACACUAGCCUUUGUAGUGACAUUUAACCCGUGAAGGGGAUAUCAGUAUUCCCACUUAGUUACCGAGUUUCUUGGUAUAUCGAUUGUUCUUUUCCAUGCAGCAUGCAUGCUUCUUUGUUUGCUUGUGCCUGUAAAGCCACAUUGGUGUCUGUGAUCUUUUAAUGAACACAUUAGCUUGUUGAACAAAUUCAUUGCAGUUCAUCUGAAUUAAGACAAGGGGCUUUUACACUUAUCAGUCCACCACAGAUAUCCCAUGUCAUGUAUUUCAAUGGCUAUAACUUGUGAUAUAUAUAUUUAGUUUCAUCGUAUGUCAUUGUACUUUAUUCCUUAGACACGCUUUGCUAUCUAGUUGUCCCACUACCGUAGAGCAUUAUGGUCUAUGGAAGAGUAGUUAGUCCAUUGAAUACGAUAUGACGUCAUAAGCCGUGAUGUCACAUGAUCAGUCAUACGGAUCGAGCAACCCUAAUAUUGAAGCUUGUCUGAAGUAUUCGAUUCACUGUAAUCUUGACGAGUACCAAUUAUGUGAGUAGCGAACAACAUAAAGUCCACCAGCUAAAAACUAAAGUGAGUCAGAUUCUUAGGAGACGUUGUACUAUUUUUGAAUUUUCUACUCAAUGGCUACAAAGUUAUCUGAAGGACUUGGCGAACAGGUCACGUGUCCAAUCUGUUUGGAACACUACUCGGACCCACGCCUUCUCCCCUGUCUACAUACCUACUGUAGACGGUGCUUACACGAUCUCCUGGCUAAAGGAGAAAGAAAAGUGUCUGUUGUCUGUCCAGAAUGUCGAGAAGAAGUCCAGAUAAUAUCUGGUGAUGUUACGAAGCUCAAAGUGAACUUCUGGAUCAACAAUCUUAUGUCACUUCUGGCCAUCCACUCGACCGACGAAAAAGAUGGCGGCAAAACUGAGUUGACGUGCGAAAACUGUGACAGCAAAGCAGCAGCCAAAGGAAGAUGUGUCAACUGCUGUAUGUUUUUGUGUAACGUUUGUUUUACAGCACAUCAGCGUCUGCUAGCGCUGAAGGACCAUCAACUGAUAACACUGGAUGAGCUGAAAGAUACAGGUAUCCCAGUCAUAGAGAAACAACAGUUUUGUACCAAGCACAAAGGAGAAGUCAUGAAGCUGUUCUGCAAUACUUGCCAGAAACUGGUUUGCCGUGACUGUGCCAUAAUUGACCAUCGCGAUCACGACUUCAGCUUUAUCAAAGACGUUGCAACCGACUACAAAGAAAACCUUAAGCAAAUAAUGAGAAGAGCAAGCAACAUCGAUAAAAACGUUGAAGCUGUUCUGAAAUCGGUCCGAGAAAUGAAAGGAAAAGUUGAGAUGGCAUCAAAAAGAACGGAAAAAGAUGUCGAUGACUUGAUUGACAAGCAAAUCAAAGUUUUAGAAGAAAAACGAGACACACUGAAGGAAGAAGCAAGAAGUAUGGCGGCAGAAAAGAUAAAGGAGCUAGUGACACAAGAAGAUGGUCUUUUGGUACAUCUGACUUCUUUGAAAAGCGCCAUUGAAUUUACAGGAAAGUUGCUGGAAAAUGGAAGUGAUGGUGACGUUUUGAAUGUAUCACAUCAAGUAGAAUCACGCUUGUCACAGCUAUCCGAGAAACCGUUCGCUAAAGACCCAUGCCAAGAAGACAAGAUACGACUCCGAGUCGACCAUCUUGUAUUAAGCGACAGCAUUGAACGCUUUGCCGAGGUUAUAGACGCAAUCACCCCUGAUCCAAAUCACAGCAUGGUGACACCAGUGACUGUUGACUUGUUCGAGAGAUAUGGGAUAUUCUACGCCAAAAAUGGACAGGUUCUAGAAUUCGUUGCGUGCAUUAAAAACGCAUUUGGCGAGAAGCUGAGAUUCAUGGGGAAGAGGAUCGAAGUUAAGGCAUUGUCGGUUYGUAGUUCAAACCCGCGGACAUUUGACAUUAAAAGUCACAGCGAUUGCACUUACAGUUUCGUACUAAAGUUCGGGGAUGUUCCGUCUAUGGAUGUCCGAGUUAUGGUCGAUGGAAAGAGCAUAGAGAGAAGUCCAAUUCUUAUUAAAUCCUUAAAAACGGAAAGCAAUGAUGAGACAAAUAUUGUGGAAGUUGAGCAUGCAGCAGUAUGCCCUAGUCGCAAUCGUCGCACGAUUGGUCAUCGCAAUAAACAGAUGAAGCGCAUUGAGCAUAAGUAAAAAAGCUUUGAUUUUAGAGCUUAUCUAAUUUAUAUCUCCAAGGAGAGAUUAUGGUAUGGUCGAAGAACUAGAAAAUAAUCUGAAAACUACACUAAGCACGGAGCAUGCGCACAGCCAAAAAGUGCCCUUUAAGAAAAGAACGCGGACCUUUCUGAACGGGGAUAAGAAGAACGUUAAAGUUACAAACUAAAUUGGUCACUCUUUUACAAGUAGCCGCGAGAGUCCGCAUGGGACAGGUUGGUAUACAACAACACUGACAUGGUUUAUCAAUUGAAUCGUCCAAUUACAACGCGCAGUUACUGUUAUGUAAAAACCCUUAAUGCAUGGUAUCGUUAGUCAUUGCACUUAAGCGAAAUUCGCUUUACAGCAUUAUUGGUGUCUUUUGUUGGUAAAGAUCAACAAUACUGAAACAAAUAAAAAGAUUGAAAUACUAUA